UUCACUUACAAACAUUGCAGUAGUGGUGGUACACACAAUGGUGAACUUUACCUUGAUGCCAGUUUUAUUCUGCACCAUGAGUUGGAUCUCUUCCUCGGUCACACAGUUUUACACAGCGGAGGUUCAGCCUGGUCAAGAAGUCACACUGAAGUGCUCCAAUAUCAGCAGAUAUCGCUCCCACAUAUUUUGGUUUAAAAUGGCCAGCAGUCCCAAUGCCAGCUGCAUCUCAGCUAUGUCCAGCUCUGAUAGCAACGUUUCUUUCUGUGAUGGAUUUAAAAAAAGCAAAUUUCACAUGACAUCCAACACCUCUGUGUUAUUUCUUGAGAUCAAACAAGUGAAUUCUUCUGACUCUGCGCUUUAUUUCUGUGGAGAGAAACAGACUGAUGGAAAGACAAUCAUCUCAAGUGGAACAUAUUUAAAAGUUCAAGACGUGGCUGAUGGAUUAACACAUGAACAAAUGAUGACUGUGAUCCUGGGCAAUUUAAUUGUUUUCCUUCUACUGGUCAUCGUUAGUCUGGCUGUUAAAAUCAGGAGAUUUCAUACAGCUCAAGAUGAUCCACAGAAUGCACAACAGAGUGAGAAUGUGAAUUCUGAUGCCAUGACCUAUACAGCAGUGAGUUUCCAUCCCAAAGCUAAAAUCAGAAGGCCUGCACCACCGAGGGAGCUGGAGCCUAAUGUUGUGUACGCUGCUACGAGAUAGACUCACAAACCGAACCCAACGUUAGCUCAGAGUGGAACAUGAUCUGUAUGUGGGGUUUUGUACCGUUGGUGUGUGGGAAGAGUUGUAAUUAUUAAUUAUGUAAAAUUUAUGCAACCACUGUUAAUUGGUUUAUAAGACAACAAUAACUUUUCAUUCAAAUAAUCCAAAAUACAAUUUUGGCAAGAACCCUAAAUGUUACAGAACGUUUAUCUGAACU